AUAUAUAUAUGUGUUAUUGCUUUUCACUCUCAAAAGCUGCCACAUUUCUUUACUCUCGUGCUGCUUUAGCGCCGAUUUAAGCACAUCCACUGCAUUUUUCUUAACUCUCUGUCUCUCUCUCUCUAAAAGACUAAAACUACAUUGAUUCCUGCCAUUCUGUUUGAGCUUCUUUAAUUCUUGAUACAAAGAUCCUGAAUAUACGAUCAGAGCUUCUUGAAGAUCAACAUGUUUGAGAGAGUAAUAAGAAGCAAAUUCUACACAAAAUGCAAGUCAGCGAUCAAGCUGACGAAGACUCGAAUCGAAAUGAUACAAAGGAAGAGAAAUGCAAUGCAGAAAUAUUUGAGGAAUGAUGUUGCGGAUCUUCUGAAAACUGGUCUUGAUAUGACUGCCUAUAGCAGGGUGGAAGGGCUUCUGCUUGAGCUGAAUAUGUCAAGCUGCUAUGAUUUUGUUGAGAACUUCUGUGGGUGUAUCUUAAAUCAUCUUUCAUUGAUGAAUAAACAGAGAGAAUGCCCUGAGGAAUGCAAGGAAGCUGUAUCAUCGUUGAUGUUUGCAGCAGCAAGAUUCGCUGAUUUGCCAGAAUUGCGUGAUCUUAGGAGUAUAUUUACUGGGAGAUAUGGGAGUUCCAUCGACUCUUAUGUCAAUCAAGAGUUUGUUGAGAAGUUGAAGUCAGUGCCUCCUACAAAGGAUAUGAAGCUUCAAUUAAUGCAAAAUAUAGGACUUGUGCUCGGUAUAGAAUGGGAUUCCAAGGCGUUGGAACAAAGGCUGUAUAAUCCACCUGCACCCAAACAACUUUUCAAUCUUUUGCAGGAUUGGACUAAAAAUGUCAAUGAUGAUCAUUACAAAUUACACAAAACCGGGGAUACACCUUUUGGGAAGAUAGACAACCAUCAUGCCGGGAAUAAACAUAACAAUGUGAGGGAUUAUACUGAUCCGAAAAGGGACAAGGACCACCUAUUAUCUUAUGGAGGCAAACAAGUCAACAAUGAUAAAUACAAACUGCAUGACCACCGGGAAAAUGUUUCCCAUAAAGAAGAUAAUCCAGGUAUUCAGUUUCAAGAAACAGAAAUUGCUCCUAGUAAAGAUGUUCGAGUGGCAGAUGCGGGCAGGAAUGGGCAACGGAAUAAUUUUGUGAAUUCGGUUAAAAGUGUUUCCCAGGAAGAAGUUGAUGACAAGAUGCCCUUCUACCACAGGAUAAUACCCCCUCCUUAUGUCAAACCGAAAGUUAGCAAAAAUGAAACAAUGUUGCAGGUUCCUCCUGCUGAUAAUGACAUGCAAGGGACUGGAGCUGCAAAAUUGAGUGGUCAUGUUGAAGGGGAAGAUAAUCAUGACCAGGAUAAAUUGGCUGGUGAAGCCAAGCCAAAACCAAGAUCAGUUAGGAGUAGACGAAGUAAACUGCCACCAGCCCAUGACAAUGCUGGUAUUGUUGAAACUGAUGGGUUGGGGAAGGUGAAAUCGGAUAAAAUGAAACAAGAUGCAAAAAGGGGCCUAAAGAUCUUAACUGAGGAUGGUAGUGAUAAAAAGGCUGAAGAGGAAGGAGUGACGGACAGGCUUUUGAUGCGUUACAGCAUGAAACAGUCAUGCAAUGAACAGGGUAAGCUGGGAAUAGCUCUUGAGCCUCCUUCACAGCAUGCUGCUGCUGGUACCAGUAAUGACACGAGGAACUGUCCUCCAGCCAGAGCAAAGUCUUUCCCUCAGGAACCGGUUAGUGUAACUGAGGCACCGAAAGGACAUGUUCGAGCUUCUUCCUAUCAACCAGAUAUGUUGAACCCAGUGGGGCACGGGCAGUCUAAGCUAUUAGAUUACGAUGAUUUUGUAGCUCGGCUUGCAGCUCUGAAAGGAAAGUAAGAAUGACACUGCCAUUUUAGAAGCUAGAAACCGUUUUGUAUUUCUUCACAUUUUUCGUUCUUUACAUAUAUCAUUGCAUCCACUGUAUUCAUUUGUUCCAUCCAUAGAGAAAUAUAUAGUAGCUCCCGAUUGUACGUUCACCGUAUCAAGUUUCGUAUAUUUAGUUUCCUGAUCAUUUGAUUGUAAAAUUGACUACUGUUCACCUACAGUACAGAAUAUACAAAUUCAAGUUUUUCUACA